UAAUUUUUUAAUGGGUUGAUUUGGCUCGACCAAAUUAAUUAAGAUUUAAUAGUCUUUUAGAUACCAAGAUCUAAAAAAAAAAAAAAACCCUACAAUUCGACGCGAUAUUGCAGUACUGUUCUUUAAUUUACCAUAAUCGCACUGGUCCAAAAAAUCAAAAGAAUUAGAGGAAAACAUAUUGUAGCACUCGAUCGUGAUCAACAUAUUCAUCUAUAUUAAUCAGAGGACCUUAGCUAGAGAGACUUCGUAGCAGUUAAUAAAGCGAAAGCUAGAGCGGUUUAUUGAUAUUAUAGAAAAAUGGAAGAGGGAAAGAGUGGUGAAAAGAAGAAGGUGAUGGUGGCUAUAGAUGACAGUGAGAAUAGCCACUACGCUCUUGAAUGGGCGCUUGAUAAGCUACGAGAGACCAUCGCUGACUCUGAUGUUAUCAUCUUCACUGCACAGCCUAAUUCUGAUCUGGGUUAUGUCUAUGCUUCCACUUUAGGCGUUGCUCCUGUGGAUUUGAUCACAUCUAUACAAGAAAAUCACAAGAAGGUUGCAUCAUUUCUAUUGGAUAAAGCUAAAGAUAUUUGUGCCAAAUAUGGGAUUGUUGCAGAGACAGUAACGGAGAUUGGGGAUCCUAAAUACGCAAUAUGCGAAGCUGUAGAAAAGCUCAACAUCGAACUUCUUGUUUUAGGUAGCCAUAAUCGGGGACCUGUGCAGAGGGCUUUUCUGGGAAGUGUCAGCAACUACUGUGUGAACAACGCCAAGUGCCCUGUUCUUGUUGUGAAGAAACCUGCAGUUUGAGGACUUCGCCGUCAUAUUGCUGCUAUCAUGUGAAGCAGAAAGCUGAGUUCUGGAUAUAAGGAGACCAGCAAGUCAGAGUUUUCUGUCAAAACAAACUUACAGCAUGUCAAGUUAAAAUGUCUAGAUGUUUGGAAAUUUUGAGAUUUAGGUCUCUUUUCAAAAGGCAUUGUGUUUGUAAAUUAUUAGACAAAAUAAAUACUCCCCAAGCUAGCUUGACUCUGUUAACAUGGGUUAUCUUCAGCUCUAUUAUUUCAGAUCAUUCUCAGAUA